AUGUUGUCUACACAGCGGUCUUACGGCGAUGAAUCAGGCUCCGUGACAGAAGACAAACCAGCAGACAGAGAGGAAGAGGUCAUCCUCGGAGAGAUCGAGGGAGAGUUAAAUCUCCACGUCAAGGUACGGGAGAUAGAGAUGGUCUGCCCCGGCUAUGAGCACUGCUUCAACCAGACUCAGUCCUACAACGCACGUGCAAUGUCGCAGGCACUGGAGUCUGAGCGGAGGUCCCUCGUCUGCGAGGGUUCCCGCCUCAACAUCCUGUGUCUGGACGACGUUCUGUGUGGGUGUGGCUGGGGGUCAGACAGCGUGUCAAGGUCAACGCUCCGGACGCUCCGACACAACCACGAACAGUUCUGUGAUGAAGAUCUGAAUAUCGGUUAUCUAAACUGCAAUGUUGAAAACCAUCGACUGAGAGCUGGAGAGAUUUAUUGCAAAGCCGCGAUCCAACCAGGGCCUGCAAACACCGGCCUUGAACUUGGAGCAGAGAUUCAGGCACAAGAAUUGUCUCUGGCGGAGCACGCGCGCAAUCUGGACAAGGCGUGCCCCGGCUACGAGCGCUGUUUUAACGUGACCCAGGCCUAUACUGUACACGCGGCCGCUCAGAACUCGGCGGCAGAACAGCUGCUCAUCAGCUGCGAGGGCUCCAAAUUCACGGUGAUCUGCCUGGAGGAUGUACUAUGUGCCUGCGGCUGGGGUGACAACGACAACUUUAAAACCGUCCUGCGAGACUUGCGUCAUCAACAUGAAGCUGUGUGUAACGAAGAUUUGACCAUAGGAUAUCUUGCUUGCAGUGCCUGUUCAGCGUGGUCAUCGUUUCACCUAACUCUCAUCGCCGUUGUGGUCGUUGGAGUGUCCUUACUCACACAGAUGCGGUUACUGACCUCCUCCUAACUUUCUACAUCACAAAUUAUGUCAAACUCAAGGCCCGCGGGGCCUCAUCAGGGCUGGCGAACAUUGUCCUAUUUGUCACGACGCGGUGGAAUCAGGCUCUCGUCAAUUUUGGGGCAAUUGUAGAGUUAUUGGUACCAUCG